AUGUGUCUUAUUUUUUUAACUUUCAUUUCUUACUCUUUGCCAUUUUAUUCUCACUUUUCGUUUCAUUUUUUCAAAUCUAAUUCGUUUUCUUCCUUUCGUUUCUUCCACCGCCAUCUUUUUUUUUCGAAUCUCGUCUCUUUUCAUUCGUUAUUUUUCUUCAUUGUUUUUUUUUAUUAUUUUAUUUUCUCAUUAUUUUUUCCUUCCUCUCAUCUUCCACUUUUAUUUGCACUCUCUUGCUCCGUCUUUCUUUUCUUCAUUUCUUUUUUAAUUUUUUUCCUAUCUUUUGUCUUUCUUAUUCUUCAUUCCUUCACAACGUUCCAUUUCCAUUUAUCCUUUGUUUUCUUUAAACUUAAUUCCCUUCUUUCGUUUUCUUCUUUCUUUCUUUCUUUCUUUCUUUUUUUUCCUUUCUUUUUUCUCUUUCCUUCUUUUCAUCAGCUUUCUUCCACUUUCCAAUUCCCUUCUUUCACUUUUCUCUCUUUUUCCCUUUCUUUCUUUCUUUCUUUCUGCCUCUUUCCUUUCUUUCUCCUUCCUCUCUUUCUCCUUCCUUUCUUUUUCUCAUUUUCUUCUUCCGCUCUUUUUCCUUCCUUUCUUUCUACUUCCCUUCUUUCUCCUUUCAUUCCUUUUUUUUCUUUGUCUCCUUCCUUUCUUACUCUUUUCUACUUCUACUGA